CUUGGCAUCAUGACCCAGAUCAACGGACAAACUUAGGAGAGUUACUUGUACGAAUAGAAGAAUUAUGUGAGAAAUACGUUGAACGUGGAGCCUUGCCAAAAAUAUAUCCUGAUAAAAACCUAGACCUAGAUGGGUCAAAAUCGGAA